AUUGCUAAAUUGAAGAAGAAAUGUAUUGCAUUUUGUGUUUAUGAAGACAUGUUUGCGUAUUAACUAUUUGUUUCUUGUAAAAUUUUGUAAAUUUUCUCUCAUUAGUUUUAUAUUUUCAAUUUCGGAGGAGUCUGUGUGAAGAUAUAAAAGGGAAAGGAUUAUAGCGAUGUCGUCCGACCAAGAUGAUAAAAAUGUGUGUGAUGACAACAUUCCGGAAGAUCAAGCACCAAAAUCGAAUUCUGACUCAACUCAAAUAGUUAUUAAUCCUGAAACGACAGAGAAAUGUGACAGUUCUUCUCCAUGUAAAGAAAAUGUUGUGCAUGAAAUUGAUUUGAGUAACAUACCACUGAAUGAAGCAAAACUUAUAGACAGUACUUACAAUGCAAAUAUAUUGAAAGCACUAACAGAACCUCAAAUUAAAGCAUCCAAAGAUUCUUUAAAAACUGAAAAAGUUUUUGCUUCGUAUGUUCAUCCGUGUGUGCCAAAAAUAAAUAGACCUGAAAAAAUUGUGUUUUGCUUAGAUAUGUCUUCUGACAUGGAACAAAUACCAUUCAGAUUUGGAGAUGGAUCAGAGCAUUCUCCACUGAGUAUGAUUAAGAGGACAAUUGAACUAUUUGUUGAAAAUAAGCAUUUUCUGAAUAGGAAGCAUGAAUAUUCUUUAAUGGUCUUAUAUGAAACUGCUACAUGGGUUCGAGAAUUUACUAAUGAUCCAAAAGAAUUAAUUGAUUCAUUAGAAGAUCUCAAUGAAACUCAGGCUUGUGAUAGUUGUGAUUUAUCAUCUAUAGUUUCCUUAUUAACUAACAAGUAUGAACUGAAAAUACCCAGCAAAGUAUCUCUAGUCACUCACAUCUAUAGAGUUAUUUUAAUUUAUGGAAGAUCUAAUUGCGUUACAACUUUUUCCAGUGAAGAAAGUAAACACAUCCUUAUGAAACAUCCCUUGUUGUUUUUAGACGUCAUGUAUAUUCAUGAAACUCCAUCUGAUCAAAAUAAAAGUCAACAAAUCUAUGAAAUGCUGUGUGACCUAGAUGAGCAAAACAAAUCUUAUAUUUUUGAAGUGAUACGGAAUACCACAAAAUUGCACAACUGCAUGGCGAAAUUAUUAGCUCAUCCUCUACAACGCAGUGCUCAGAAAGAUGCUAAUUAUAAAAUUCGUUUUCCAUGUCAUAAAUAA